GCAGCGAGACGAGUUUCGAGCGUCCCGAUCACGGAGCGUCCCGAGUUUGUCCGAGAAGAUAUUGCUAUCGCGUAGAACGGUACUACAGCACCAGUCGCCAUGCCCCGUGAUUGUUAAUCCCCGAUGAAAACACUAGCUCGUGUUGUGUUACACACGGGCACAGAACGGACCUCACGUCCAUAAGAGUGUACGAUUCUUGAAGAGUGUCACAAAGUGACGGUGAUCCAGUAACAAGUGAAGGUACAUAGAUUGAACGUUUUCAACGAGUUUACCGACAGACUGACUAUUACCCGUGUCCCGCUCCCCGUUUCGUGCGCCGAGUCGAGCCGUCGUCGGUGGCUGGACUUGAAAUUCUGAAAUCAUGGAUCAGGACAGUUUGAGGGCGUCCGAAGAGUCCAACGCCGCCCAUUUUAUCCAGUGAAAACAACCUUCGAUUACAGUUUGACAACUCGAGUGGAUCACACUCGUCGUCCUCGAUCCGAGUUUUUUUUUUUCUGUGUAAUCGCAUUGUUUUCAUUUCUCUCUUCCCUUCCCCGCCGUUCAUCCACCCUGCUCGUUCUCGCUCUCUCCUCUCGCUCUCUCUCUCUCUUCCCCCCUUUCUCACUCUCUCCCACGUACGCAACCACACACACAGUAACCCAUUCUCUUUCACUCUCCCUAUCCUAUCUUUGUCCUUUUGUUUCCCUCAAGAACUCGUGCAAGUUUUCUUCAAACGUAAACGUUAUCAAAGUGGCCCCCGUUACGUGUGCCGAACGAGGCAGCAAAAUUGGCUCAAACGCGGAACCUGCGAUGGUGAUAAGAUCGGAUGGCGGAAGCAGCGAAAGCCCGCUUCUCGUUGAAGAGGGCGAAGCAGUUGGCCAACCGCACAGUCCGCACCUGAAACACAGUCAUCCCCAUGUCGGCCACGCUCACCAACCCCAUCAUCAUCCGCACCCUCAGUCCCAUCCUCACCCUCAUCCCCAUCCACAUUCUCAUGCCCACGGCCACGGUCACCACGGGCAGCAUCAUCACGACAAAGCCAAGCCACCCGUAAAGUACGGAGAACUCGUCAUUCUUGGAUACAAUGGAUUUCUUCCACCUGGUGAUCGUGGCCGUAGACGCAGCAAAUUUGUUCUGGUCAAAAGGCAGACGGCGAGUGGUGUUAAGCGGAGCAAACACUACGUUGUUAAAACACCGCACAGUUCAAAGGCCAUACUCGACACAACCCAGCAUUCGAUAUCGUACACGCUGACCAGGACACAGGCCGUCAUUGUUGAGUAUAACGAGGACGAGGAUACGGAUAUGUUUCAGAUAGGCAGGUCCUCCGAGACGCCGAUAGACUUCGUAGUAAUGGACACUUGUCCAGGUGGUGCAGAGGGCGGAUCGGCCCCGAGCAGCGAGGGUCGCGUAGCCCAGAGCACAAUCAGCAGGUUCGCUUGUAGAAUUCUUGCCGAUCGGACGGACCCGCGAACCGCGAGGAUAUACGCCGCUGGAUUCGACAGUUCGAGAAAUAUAUUUCUAGGGGAGAAGGCGACAAAGUGGCAGGAGAAUCGUGAGAUAGACGGACUAACGACAAACGGUGUAUUGAUCAUGCAUCCGAGAGGUCAGUUUUGCGGCGGCGAGGCCGAGUGCGGACUUUGGCGGGAGGUCAGUGUAGGCGGUGGGGUUUUUUCACUUCGUGAGAGCCGGAGUGCCCAGCAAAAGGGUUCCGUCGUCGAGGAUGAGAACAACGAGCUUCAGGACGGUACACUUAUUGACUUGUGCGGGGCUACGUUGCUCUGGAGAUCAGCCGAGGGACUCGCCAAAUCGCCGACAAAGCACGACUUGGAAGAGUUGGUCGAUGCGAUAAACGCGGGACGACCGCAAUGCCCGGUAGGACUGAACACCCUCGUGAUACCUCGCAAGGCUGCGACGGAUUCGGCACAGCAGCAUCAACCGUACGUCUAUUUGAAGUGCGGUCACGUGCAGGGACACCAUGACUGGGGUCAGGAAAAAGACAAGGUGACGCGAAGGUGCCCCAUGUGCCUCGUCGCAGGUCCCAUUGUUAAACUCUGCAUGGGCAUAGAGCCGGCAUUUUACGUCGACAGCGGACCACCGACUUAUGCCUUCAGCCCCUGCGGUCACAUGGCUACUGAGAAGACUGUCAAGUACUGGGCACACGUCGCGAUACCGCACGGGACAAACGGAUUCGACGCGGUAUGCCCGUUUUGCGCGGUACCCUUGGAAGGAACACCCGGGUAUGUCAAGCUCAUCUUCCAAGACAAUGUGGAUUAAAUUCUGUCGUUGGAUAUGAAUCUUUAAACGUUGUUUUUCAUCAUUCGAAACGAUAAAUCGACGAGAUCACAACUCGCACUGUUAUUGGAAUUCCUACAUUGCUCUCGAUCAUCGAUGUUGCAUAUGAAUUUGAAGACUGCAGUUACAAUUUUUAUUUAACGUCGAUCUUUUCUGGCACGAAGAAUGGAAGAAUGUGAUGCAAAUAGUCUCGGGUGCAGAUUAGUUUUACUGUUCACGCGUAUGCAGUCCCAUUACUUUCAAGUUUGAUGGACUCUUACGGAUUUUCAUAGCGUACAAAGUGACUUUUUCGUCCCCGAAUACAGUGGGAGUACCUAUAUACUUGCUCUUACGCGGAAUCUGCAUAAGCAGCUUUUUAUUAUGGGAAAAUCAGGCAGCUCAAUACUGGAAAAGAAACCCACGUAUUUGGGCUGCAAAUAACAAUUAAAUAUGUACUCUCACUUGCUCUCAGGUCCAAAAAGUUGUCUUUAUCUUCCAGUUUAAUGUUCAUAUGAGUGUUAAAAUAAAACAUUAACGGCCUUAAGUAUGCGCGGUAUAAAAAAAUUACAGGAAAAGUUCUUACGGAUCAUUUUCAUAAGUAUUACGAAUCAGGUAACUGUUUAUGUUUGUUUCCUGUCAGCCCUUCCACUAGGCAUAUCGCUUCAAAGCUAUAUUACCUAAAUUAUUGUAUUUUGGUGAUCUGACAUAUCCAAACAUUCAUCCGAGAAUUCUUGUUUAUUAUAACGUAAUCAGAUGCAAGGCUGAAAUCAAUUGGCUUCAAGUAUCAAUUCUGUCGGGAACUGGACUGUCAAGGACGUAAAAAUUUUUCGAUAAAUUUAUACGAUCGA